CAUUCGGGUUUGAUAAAUAACCCGACUCCUGCUCUGUUGCCCCAAUUGAAGCCAGCCCAGGGAAAAAGCAAAGGGGGCUGCCUUGGAACCCACCACUCGCCCCCCCUUACCCAGGACAGCUGUUGCGCGACGAAAGCGGGAUGAGUUCCAUUCUGGACGUCAACACCCUCUACGAGAACCUGCUCAACCUGUCGCUGAGGGAAGAGCUGGACUUCUCCGGUCCCCAACUCUCCCGGCGCCACUCUGCGUGCUCCUCGGAUGUGGCCACCUCUUAUGACAGCAGCAGCAGCGGAGACCCUUCUCUGGUUUGGCCCUUGCGCAGCCACUGGACCCCUAGCGUGGAGCAGCUCCGGCCUCUGGGAGACCCCCUCCGGCGCCCGCCAUUGCGCCCCGACCGCUCGGUCAGCCUCAUCGAGGGCAAGGCCGUCGCCCCGCCCCCUCCGCCGGGCUUCCCUCCCCUCCGCCUGCCCUCCUUGACCUUCCCGACGCCGCUCUCCUCCUCGUCCCGCUACAAGACGGAGCUGUGCCGCACCUUCAGCGAGACGGGCAAGUGCAAGUACGGCACCAAGUGCCAGUUCGCCCACGGGUCCGCCGAGCUGCGCUCCGUCAGCCGCCACCCCAAAUACAAGACGGAGCUGUGCCACAAGUUCUACCUCCACGGCGCGUGCCCUUACGGUGCCCGCUGCCACUUCAUCCACUCUCCGGAGGAGGCCCAAAUCCACUCUGCAUCCUCCUCGCCGCAGCUCCUGCGCCAAAGCGUCAGCUACUCUGGAGUGCCGGCCGCCCGCCGGUCGCCCCCGUUGCCCGGCAUCCCCGAUCCGUCCAACUUCGCCCGAGCGCCUUCGGUUUCGCCUCCGCCGGCCUCCUCCGGCGACCUCCUCUCCCCGACCUUCGGCCACCUGAACUCUGACCCUCUGUCCUUUCUUUCCGGGACAACGUCCGGAGGGUGCUGCUCCUGCCGCUGCGGGAAGACCAACCCGAACACCGCCUCAUUCGCGAACCAUCGAGACUACUUCUCCGCCGCUCCCGGGACCCUGACCACUGCGCCGUCCUCCCUCUUGCCAAGGACCCCGUCCUCCAACUCCCUCUCCGACCCCGAGUCCUACAGCAGCUCCAGCAGCCUCAGCGGCUCCGACUCGCCCGUGUUCGAUAUACAAGCCCCCGGCGGGCCCACGGCAAGCGGAGCCAACCGCUUGCCCAUCUUCAACCGAAUCUCCGUCUCCGAGUGAGCCGUCUCCGAGUGGGGUUCUGUCCCCAUUGAGUUUUAGCUGUCCUGUUUGUCUAUAGCGGGCAAUCCUAUAAUAAACCAUCCUUCCCGGUUGAGGCCCAGGCGGCCUCUUCCGGUUAGCUUUGGGUAUUUAAUGUCUCUAUAGGAUGAACCAUCCUUCCCGGUCGAUGCCCAGGCGGCAUCUUCGGAGCAGGUCUUUUUCACACCGAUUCCCAGCAAUGCACUUUGUGGCAGACCCGAAAUCGCACGUUCCUGCCUUACGAGUCUCUCGAGUGCCUUUCAGAAAAACCCAAUUGGUUGUGUUUCUCCGAGAUUCAGUGCCUUAAGCAGGACCUUGUUUCCCAAGAGAGGAAAAAUGUUUUAUGGCUCUGGUUUGCAACGUAGUUGGCUUUAGAAGAACGAUCCAUAUCUUGCUUUUCCUCCAACGUGUUGCCCAAACUUUUCUUCCCAGCGCAGUGGUGCAAUGGUUAGGUCCCCAAAACAUACGACUUUCCUUUAUCCUUCGGCACCAGCAAACUGAGAUUGCUACUUUGCAAUUUCCUAUCUCCUUAGACACAGAAAAACUUGGAA